CAAAUUGACAUUUGAAUAUUGACAAAGCAACAUUCUGAUAUUUUUAUUGUAAAUAUAUUUUUCAGUUAAUUAGUCAGAUGUGAAUUUUUAAUAGCAAAUAAAAAAUGCAUCGAAUUUAGGAAAAAAACCAAGAAGACUGAAUCUCGAUCAUGCAAAAGGAUGAAAAGCAACGUGUCGAUCCGAUCAUCGGCAUUUUGGGAAGCGAUUUGGGACCCUGGCAGUUAAUUGUCUGUCUAUGGAUAUUUCUGUCUAAAUUUCCUACCGGUUGGGUGCAAAUCUCCAUGACCUUCUUACAGCCCCCAGUCAAAGCAACGUGCAAAGGUGGUAGCGGCACAAAUGCCACCAAUGUAUGCGAUGCUAACUGCGAUGGUUACGAGUAUGAUCGUAGUACCUUCGAACAGACUGUAGUUAUGGAAUGGGAUUUGCUAUGUGGUCGUCAGUGGCUGGAACAGUUGUCGCAGUCGCUAGUCAUGGUCGGCAUUAUGUUGGGCAAUAUGAUUAUGGGAAUGCUAGCGGAUAAAUGGGGACGUCGCCCAAUGUUUGUGAGCUCAUGUGUUCUACAACUUGUGGCAGGUUGUCUGGUCUCUGCUUCGCCAUGGCUUUGGUUCUAUAUGUUGAUGCGUUUCUUGGAUGGUUACGCAACUGGCGGCACUAUGUCUACAGGCUUUACGAUAAUCAUGGAGAUUGUGGGUAAAAGUAAACGUGAAAUAAUGGCCAUACUCUAUCAGAUACCAUUCAAUGUGGGUCAUGCCACAUUACCGCUGUUCGCCUACUUCCUCCGAGAGUGGCGUUGGUUUCAUCUCUCAUUUUCAUCCUUCUCAAUUGUUUAUCUACUUUUCUUCUUCACCGUCCCAGAAUCGCCACGUUGGCUUGUUAUAACCGGUCGGACUGAGCGGGCCGUCGCAUUACUCGAGAAAGCAGCGAAACGCAAUAAAAUGCCAACUGAAAAAAUAGCUCAAGAUGUAGAUGAGGCUCAAAAGUUGUUGGCAACGAGCGCAACUGCAAAGAAAGGCAAUCUCGGUGACCUAUUCAAACAUGCUUAUUUGUGCCAGAAGACGCUUGCUAUGGCUUUCAAUUGGUUGGUUGUAUGCUUGGUCUACUAUGGUUUAUCACAGUAUAUGACCUCGCUGUCUGGAAAUAUAUUCCUCAAUGUUUUCGUAAGCGCGAUUUUGGGUAUACCAGGUACCUGCUUGUGUGUACCGGCUACCAAAUAUAUGGGUCGUCGCAUUACAUUAUUCCUAUCGAAUCUUUUAAGUGGCAUAUCACUUACAAUCUUAGCGUUUGUUCCGAACUUGAGUGGUCCCAUCAAGGUGGCAUUGGCAUCAAUUGGUUUAUUUGGUGCUGCGGUUACGUUUCCGAAUGUGUAUUUGUAUGCCGGUGAACUAUUUCCGACUGUCGUGCGACCCACGGGAGUAGGCUUAUGCUCGUUCGUUGGCCGCUUUGGGUCGAUUAUGGCACCGUGGGUGGAAGGCUUGAAAAAAUAUUAUAUUUCUAUACCACCGGCGUUUUUUGGCAUUUUCGCAUUCUUAGCAGCUGCUUCGGUCUUCCUUAUGCCCGAAACGAAGGGUUACCCAUUGCCGGAGACAAUUGAAGAUGGUAAUACAUUUGGAAGAAAACCGAAGGAAGCUGAAACUAAAUAAUAAUUUGAUUUAUAUUAAAUUUUUUGUGACAUGUAAAGGUUUUCUUAAUUAAACAUUUACAUAUUAUCUAUUUCGAAAA